AUGGAUGAAGAAAGAUGGCCCACCUCCUCCAAGUUGCCAUAUGGCAGUUUGGAGCUCAGAGACUUGCUUGUAGGUAUUAACAGAGUACAUCCUUGUUUCAGUAACAAGUGCAAUAACAAUGAAAGAGUAACUGUCUCUGCUUCUAACUUAAACCCUUUAGGAAGGUGCCAUGUGCCAUGUAAAGAUCAAAAGGCCAAGUUUUUAGAGGACAUGAUUGAGGUAAAUGUCCAAACUUCUGGUGUAGUUGAUCAACCUCUUCAGAAGGAACUGAGAAGGAAUCUAGUAAAUGAAUUGGAGAAAUUGCUUCCACCACCAAUCACUGUACCUGAUAGAAGAUUGGAACAUCUGGUUGAAAGGGUGGUUGGUUCCAAAAUUUAUUCAUGCAUCUACCACAAUUCUAUGGAUCCAGUAUUAAUCUAUAAGGAUCAUUUUUGUGGUAGGGAUAAGAUCCCUACAAAAACCAUUCAGAUUCUGUCUGACCACAAGAAUGAAGUUUGGUUUGUUCAGUUCUCUAGAAAUGGGGAUUAUUUAGCAUCUUCAUCAAGUGAUUGUACAACAAUUAUAUGGAAGUGUAAUCAAAUGGGAUAA